GCUGACAUCAAAGCUUGGAUAGAAACCAAUUCUGACACCGGUUACAAUGACCGUAAGAUUACCAUGCGGUUGGAUCUGAAUCGCAUGGAUGCAAUUUGCCUUGCCUUGGCAGGUUACGUCAUCUGCAUCGAGAUCGACCCAGAAAAGAAGACCAUCUCUUUCAAGAAAGAUUUAGACGCGCGGCCGUUUACCCUGACCUAUCUUGACCUCAAGGUGCUACCACCACUCCGACAAGUUGCGGAAGUGAAUUAUUAUGCCACUGUGAAACUCCCCACAGGUCUGUUCAGUAGGAUUAUUGGAGAGCUUUGCUACACUGAUGAGUGUGGUAACACCACUCGUUGUGUAGAUGAUAGAAUGGGACCUAUAUCAGUUCCUGAUCCUGAAUCUAGCCGCUUAGAGGAUGAUGAAAUUGUGAUAUCUGUGACAGAUGAUGGCAUUAAGUUCUCUAUUCGAGGUUAUUCUGUAUUUCUUGAGCGGGACAGAGCAAUGUCCUUCAAGUUCCAGCAUCCAGUGUCCUUAAAAUUUGAAGCUGACCUUCUGGAGCUGUUACUAUAUGCUAGUCUUUGGUCUUUUUCAGUAACCAUGCGGUUCUAUCCGGACUCUCCUCUUCGGUUCCAGUUCAACAUUCUAAAUGGGCAGAGGUACAGUGGGUCUGGUACAAGAGAUCAGCAGGUGAAAAAGCAUGUCAUAUGUUUCGAUGUGGGAGUAAUAAGAGAUUCUGGUAAAUGUUAGAACAUUAUUUAUAUGAAAGACGCUUAAGAUGCCUUUCUCUUUGUGGUCAGUAAAAUAUUUUAAUUAUCUGUAACAAUAUUAUCGGAUGGAUUAAAAGUUUCUGUAUGAAAAGAAUUUGGUAACUAGUAUUGUCUAUUGAAUAUUGAUGAUUUGUAUGAUGAAUUGGAUUAGUUAUUGCCCUUGAAUACAUCCUUUAAAAUUGAUGUUUAGGUGUAAGACUAGUUGUAAAAACCGGAUCCGGAAGUGGCCCGGAGAGAUAACCAGUGGUCAACUUGGUCAACGAUCGAUAAACCCGGUCAACAUCAAACAUAUAUUAUAUGUAAUUGUAUACAUGGUUAAAUUCA